AUGAGCACAGUUGGAUACCGACGAGGCCCCGUCUGUGGUGUUGAUAAUUGCCCGUCUAAACUUUGGCGGCUGAUAGAUGGACGAAAUGUCUGUCAGUAUGGUCAUGUUAAUGAAGAUGCCAUAGAGUUGAACGAUGAGGAUGAAAAUAUAGCAUCUGCCGCUUCACAAGGUUUUACCCGACGGCUUAACAAUGUCUCUGGUCUUACAAAAAGUCAAGCCCGUCACAAACGAGUUGAGAUGCUGAAGUUGGGUCAAACAAAUUCCUUAUUGUAUGGUAAACAGCUCAACUUAAUGCUUGUUAGAGCCAUGCAAGUAAUCCUCUGCAAGCAGAUUAAAUGCCUAGCUGAACACUAUAAUAUCCAAGGAGAUACGUUUGUCAAGGUUGCUAAAAGGUACUGGUGUCUCUUGUUGGCACAUAUGUAUCAUGGUAAGAAAUCUCCUGGUGAAAAGAUGUCAUUGGUGUUUAACGAUUUAUUUAUGGUAUGCUACUUGGCUUUACUUCAGGUAAAUGCCCCUGUUUAUAUGAUGGAUCUUUUGAAUUUGGCAACUUUGGAGAGGAUUCCUUUCAUGAAGGCGGAAAAUUCCGUUCCUCCUUCAAUAUCCAGACGUAUACCGUUAACUUCAUUCCCUCUACUAAAGGGUUCUCUUAUCUCUAAGAGAUCAUACUACAAUUUGAAAGGUUGGAAUCGAAUUCUUGACUCGCCAGUCACUCUUACCAACUACAAGUUGAACUAUCUCCCUUUAUUGGUGAGGCUUGUCCUAAAGUUAUAUCUUCCGUUGGAGAUAGUAACCUUGGUGAAAAAUAUUAUAGUAGUGCUUGAUGUCAAGUUGACUUUACAGCCAGGUGAAUUGCAUCCGGAACUAAAGUUGGUUGGACUCAUUAUCGUUAUGACCAAGCUAUAUUUCCACUCAAGUGCCAAAACUAGGUACAACAAUUGGGUGGCCCUCUAUUAUGCAGAUAUCAGUAAACUGGAUACGGAUUUGGACCCCGCCAGAGUUGAAGCGAAGUUGCAAAACCAUUCAUCUCCAGAAGAAUUGGUUCAGUGGGACUCCGAUGAAAUAGAACAAGCGGCCAAAUUGUUUUACCGUUAUUAUCUUCCCCCAAUAAGAAAUGAAAACAUAGCCAACCAUAAAAAGCAUUCCACCACGAAAAAAGUCAUUGUUCAGAGGCUUAACGCAAUAUUUCCAAUUGAGGAAUUGGAGGGGAACGAGCCUGAACGAGCUCUGGAAAGUUACAAAACUCACUUGGCUGAUAUUUAUUCAAAGCUUUAUGAGGAUAGAGCUUUGAACAUUGACGAUGCCAAUUGUCAUCCCUAUGAGCACCUAAUAGACCUCCUUGUAGAUGGAUUUAAAAUGGACACUGGACUUACACUCGAAGAUUUUAAAGAUAUCGUAAGGUAUGGAGAUAACACACUUAAAGAAUAUCAUCGUACAUUGACUAAUAAUUAA